AUGGCCGCAAACGAGUACUACAACCAAGGCCACCAGCAGCCCUACGGCCACCACCAGGCCGCCCCGUCUUACGUCAAUCAUUAUGGCCCUAAACACAGUCAGUAUCCAACCUCAGAUAAUAACCUCGCUGCUGGGGGAGGGAAAUACCAUUCCAACGAGUACGCAGAUGAUAUCCCGUUGAAACCAAAUGCGUCGCAACCCGCGAGACCCGAGUUUGCAGACGUAGAAACACAGUAUGCCCACGCUUCUCCGCAGCGCGAACCAUCCUCCAGCCGCUCGAAGCGAAAGCGCCACAGCCGAUUCAAGAGAAUGCCCUGGGUCGUUUACAUCACGUCUGCCAUCCAGGUUGCCGUCUUUAUCGCUGAGAUCGUAAAAAACGCUCAGCUGACCGGUUCUCCUAUCAUGCUCCGACCCCAGUUCAACCCAAUGAUAGGCCCCUCGCCCUACGUGCAGAUCAACAUGGGUGCUCGUUUUGUGGCCUGCAUGCGAAACGUGAAAGGUGUACAGGAUUCCCCUCAGGUGAUUCCUUGGCCAUGUCCGGGCACGACCACCAACGAUCCAACGAGCAAAGAUAAUCAGUGCACCCUCUCUGAACUAUGCGGGCUCGGGGGCGUUCCGAAUCCGAGGGCGGGUGGCUCGAUCAACGAUAAGCCAGAACCCAACCAGUGGUUUCGGUUCAUCAUCCCCAUCUUCCUGCAUGCCGGCCUUAUCCACAUCGGUGUCAACCUUGCCGCGCAGAUGAUCAUCGGAGCAGAUAUGGAAAGAAGUAUUGGGUGGUGGAGAUUCGCCAUCGUCUACUACGCGAGCGGCAUUUUUGGAUUUGUAUUUGGUGGAAACUACGCAGCUCCUGGGAUCGCCUCCACCGGUGCCUCAGGGUCCCUGUUUGGAAUUUUGGCACUGUGCCUACUCGACUUGUUGUACAAGUGGAAUAGCAUCAAGAAACCUCUCGCGUAUUUGUUGACGAUGCUGCUCGCCGUGGCUGUCUCGUUCGUACUCGGAUUAUUACCCGGCUUGGAUAAUUUCUCGCAUAUCGGCGGGUUCUUGAUGGGCCUAGUGCUGGGCAUCUGUUUAUUGCGUUCGCCCGACACGUUGCGUGAGCGGAUUGGUGUCUCCACCCCCUACAUGUCCAUGAGCGGGGCUUCUACCGAAGGGUCCAAGCGAUUCGUGAAACAACCAGUGGGAUUCUUCAAAGGACGAAAGCCGCUUUGGUGGGGAUGGUGGUUGCUUCGUGCUGGUGCCCUGGUUGGCAUCCUCGUUGCCUUUAUUUUGCUGCUGAACAACUUUUAUAAGUAUCGGACCACGUGCUCUUGGUGCAAAUACCUUUCGUGCCUGGUAAGUCCUAUCCUAAUCUAUCACCAUGUGCGAGUGCUGAAUGACCAUUUUUUCACACAGCCGAUCAAAAACUGGUGCGACGUGGGAAAUAUCAGCCCAAGCCAAAGCUCAAAUCCGAAUUCCCGCCGUGCUCUCUGUUCUACCCUGUCACCCUAA